GAAGGACGGAGAGGGCGGUGUGUUCGGGGAUCGCGCCGUGUGUUGUUGCUCUCUUGUCGCUUGCGUUAGCGCAUUAUAAAUGCUUCACUAUAGUCGACUAUUUUCGGCAGAGACCUAUCCCCACCCUGUGGAAUCCGAUUCUUUUUUGUAAAGCGUGACUGGUGGUGUUUAUUACCUUCGUCUAAGAUAAGUGGUCUCACACAACGCUGCUCAGGCGUCAUAAGUGUUGGUAAGAGACGAUGUUUGUCAGUCGAGGAGUCCGGUGUGCGUCAUCAUUCACCUAUUAUAAAUUGACGGGUUCAGUGCAGGUUACAGUAAACAAACCACGGGCUGCCGUGGGAGCAGUGCAUAACUCUAGCAUUAUUUCCUGCUCCCAAGUCUGUACACACAGGGUCUGUGUUCUGCCUGCUGGAGCACUACAGGAGAAGUAUGUGAGAAGCACCACAUGUAAACAUGUGUCUCCUGCUGUGACCGCCGGCAAAUCGGCUUCAAGACUGGGCUUCAUUUCGCCCUUUUCGUGGAGAAGCCAGGAUCGUAAUACGAAUAACCGACUACAUUCCAGCAAAAGCUUAUUUUGUCUUGGUACCGAAACGUGUAUCAUUGGCUCCUCCACGAACAAACUUCUGUCAAGUGCUUUAUCCACCGUUUCGAAACAGAAACAAGCCGACUGGAUGAGGACGGACCCGGCCACACAGGUUCAGAAGGUACUGCUUUCUAAGAGCUCACAAGCAGGAGCUGAAAAGCCAGAGCCUGAGGAAAAGCGAAAUAAAACAGAAGAGCUGAAGAAGGUUUUUAAGGAAUACGGUGCUGUUGGUGUUUCAUUUCACAUUGGAAUAUCUAUCAUUUCUCUUGGAAUUUUCUACACUGCCGUGUCUAGCGGGAUCAAUAUGACAGCUGUCCUUUGCAAACUGGGCUUCAAUGAAUCUGUUGUUCAGUCGAAGAUGGCUGCUGGCACUAGCACUUUUGUGCUAGCUUACGCUGUUCACAAAAUCUUUGCUCCAUUUCGGAUCAGCAUCACCCUUGUGUCUGUACCACUCAUAGUACGAUAUCUUCGGAAAACAGGACUCUUCAAAUCCUCACCACGUCGUCUGUGAACAAGCAUAUUUUCCGUGGUGGACUGCAUGUUCACUAUAGUUUUAAUGUUUUUUUGUAUUGUAUAGAUUCAGGUCUAAAAUAGCUUCACAGAUGCAUAUGGAAAUUAUAGAAAUUGUUGAUGAUUUUAAAUUAUGGGUAUUAGCAUUUUAUAAAUAGCUGUAAAAAUAGCCCUAAAAUAGCGCUACUCCAUGAUUAGCGUGGCUCGGCCCAUAUGGCUUAGCAACACAGGACAAGCCAUAUCCUGCCCAACAACUGCAUUUGUCUUUUCUAUCAUAAAUACAACUUAAAAUUAAAAUAAAAGGGUUUUUUAAAAAAAAAAAAAAUACCAGGCAUUUGAUAUUUAAAUACACAUGGUUCCACUGUGACAUGAAACACAGCUGUGCGUGAUAGCCGUGCACAAUACUCGAAUAUUUAGUGAAAAUAAAGAGGAGCAAGUGUUUACUUAAUAGCUCCCACACUCCCAAACACAUCCAAGUAGGCCAAUAUUGCAAACUUUAGUGAAAAAACACAGAAGUUUGACUGUUUUUUAAAAUCCCACUCCUGCCUGUACCAGAAGGAGUUCAGAAUCAUAAAGUGUUUUUUUAAUUGCCAAGUACAGGGUGUACAAGGAAUUCCUUUUGGUGCAAGGUCACACAUUGUACAGGACAGCACAGUAACCAAAGAAUAAAAACCAUGGAACAUAUCUGUAAUUCUGACCAAUCCUGCUCCUGCUGAAAAUUCGACCAGUCCCCUCCACUCCUGCAUUUAUUGUUUUUGAUUAUUUUGCCUGGCCACAGUAUUUUCUAAUGAAGAUAGCUAAAUGUCCUCAAAUAUAAGCUAUUGGUAAUUUAAGCCACCUGACCAGGAUAAAGCAGUUAAUGCGAAUGAAUAACAGUCGUAAAAGCAGUAUAUAAGCAUGCAAUGUGUUCCUUGGUGGUGGAAAUAGCCACAAAGUAGUGGAAAAUGUAAGUGUAAGUAACGCUAUUAUUAAUACUAACACAUUAUUAAAUAGAGUAUUCUAUACUCACCAAGCACUUUUUUAGGAACACCUGUACACUUACUCAUUCAUGCAAUUAUCUAAUCAGCCAAUCGUGUGCCAGCAGUGUAGUGUAUAAAAUCAUGCAGAUAUGGGCCAGCAGCUUUGGGUAAUGUUCACAUGAACCAUCAGAAUGGGGGGAGAAUGGGAUUUCAGUGAUUUCGGUCAUAGCAUGACUGUUGGUGCCAGAUGGGCUGGUUUGAGUAUUUCUAUAACUGCUGAUCUCCUGGGAUGAUCACGUACAACCAUCUCUAGAGUUUACUCAGAAUGUUGCAACAAAGAAAAAAUAAUCCAGUGAGCGACGGAAAUGUUGUUGAUGAGAGAGCUACAUUAACUCAGAGAACCGCUCUGUACAAUUGUGGUGAGCAGAAAAGCAACUCAGAAUGCACAACAUGCCAAACCUUGAGGCAGAUGGGCUACAACAGCAGAAGACCACAUCAGGUUCCACUUCUCUCAGCCAAGAACAGAAAUCUGAGGCUGUAGUGGGCACACGCUCACCAAAACUGGACAGUUGAAGACUGGAAAAACAGCCUGGUAUGAUGAAUCACAAUUUCUGCCAAGCCCCACAGAUGGUAGGGUCAGAAUUUGACACCAACAUGAUGAAUCUAUGGACCUAACCUGACUUGUGUCAAUAGUCCAGGCUGGCAGAGGUGGUGUAAUGGUGUGGGCAUGUUUUCUUUGCACACUUUAAUUGAAAUAAAACUUUUGGCCCCUUAAUACUAAUAAAUCAUUGCUUGAAUGCCACAGCCUAUUUGAGUAUUGUUGCUGACCAUGUGCAUCCCUUCAUGGCCACAAUUUACCCAUCUUGUAAUCCCUACUUCCAGCAUGAUAAUCCUCUCAGAUUAGUCCUCUCAUAAGUCAUCUCAAAUGGAGAUUUGUAUAAUGAAAGUGCACCUGAAAAAUCUGCAGGAAUUGCAUGAUGCAAUCAUGUCAACAUGGACCAGAAUCUCUAGACCAGAAGGGAAGCUAUUCUGGGAGCAAAAGGAGGCCCUACUCAGUAUUUGUAUAAUAUUCCUAAUAAAGUGUUUGGUGCAUGCAUAUAUGGUAUAAUGAAUGUAUAUCUAUAGGACCUGUAGUGGAAAAACAACCUUCCAUGAAAGCAUCAAUGAGAAAGCACACACCACUAAAUUCCUGAUAAACAGUCACUCGUGUGAACACCUGUGCAAACAAUUUGGUGUAAAUUAGAUAUGAAAGUGAACUAGAUGUGCAAGCUGAAGAAAAUAUUAUUCUGCAAAUACAGUAUUUUCAUGAGCAUAUUAUAACAUUUGUGAGGUGAUAUGAUUACCAUUGAAAAUCAUCUAGUAUCUCUGAAGUUUAACACUACAGUAAUAUUUUUAAUAUCAUUUUCACAGACUGUUAGCAAAAAGAAUUAAAUAAAAUAUUAUUAAUUGGACUUGUACACCACAGCUUUGCAACACUUACUAUGCAGUUUUUCAGAGAUUGAGCAGAACAAGUCUGAUGACAGUGUCCAUGCAUUUAAUCAUGUUGAAGCAUUCCAGGAUUGGCCUGAAUUGUCAUUAUACAAAAUGAAAAUUAUUUUGCCUAUUUAAAGGUUAUUUGGGCUUUUUGUUUUAUUUGCAUUCUUUAUUAUGUUUGUAUGUAUUAAUGUCUAUGUGUACAUCACCAAGAAUUUGAACCGUUGUUUAAAAUGUGUAAAAUAAUCUGUUGUAAUGUUAUAUGAAUUAUAUAAGCUUUAUGUUAUAUAAUCUUUUUGCACCAUAAAUAAAAUCAGUUUUUGUUGAAAAGCA